AUGUCAGGGGGCGGGUCAGGGGGCAGGUCAGGGUGUCUGGGGGCGGGUCCGGGUGUCAGGGGGCGGGUCCGGGUGUCUGGGGGCGGGUCCGGGUGUCAGGGGGCGGGUCUGGGUGUCAGGGGCGGGUCCGGGGGCACACGGGGGGGGGGGGGUCCGGGGGCAGAGCCGCCGCUGCUCGGCUCCAGGCUCCAGGCUCCAGCGGCUCAGACUGUGGCCGCGGUCUGUCCGUCGCACACGCCGCGCUGCUCGCUCCGUCCCCCGGCCUCCUCCCGCCUCCGUCCCGCCGUCAUGGAGCUGGACCCCGCCGUGCUCAUCCCCGCGCUGCUCUUCACCGCCGCCGCACUUUACUUCGCCACUUCUCUGCUCGGGAAAAAGUCCGACGACUCGUCCGGGGCCAAGAAGCCGAAGCCCAAAGUGGGUUACGGGGAUGACGUGCCCCCCUCCCGGGCCCUCGGAGCCCCGCGCGCCCCGGAGCCGCAGCCCGAGCCCAAGAUCGAGCCUCGUCCCCGGCCCGCGGAGCCCGUCCGAACCGAGCCCCCGCUGGAAGUGAAGCCUGAACCGGUCCCAGAACCAGUGAAAGUCCCAGAACCAGAACCCGUGGUCCCGGAGCCCGUGAUCCCAGAACCGACCCCUGCCCCAGUUGUCGUCGCAGAACCAGAACCCGCCCCAGAACCAGCACCAGAACCUGUGAAAGAACCAGAACCAGUACCAGAACCAGUGAAAGAACCAGAACCAGUGAAAGAACCAGAACCAGUGAAAGAGCCAGAGCCCGUGGUAGAGCCUGUGGUAGAACCUGUCCCAGAACCUGCACCCGAACCGGAGCCCGUGGUACCAGAACCAGAACCAGAACCAGUGAAAGAACCCGAGCCCGUACCAGAACCCGUGGUCCCGGAGCCCGUGGUACCAGAACCAGAGCCCGAGCCUGUGGUGGAGGCCGCCCCAGAACCCGUCCCAGAACCCGUCCCAGAACCAGAGCCCGUGUUACCAGAACCAGAGCCGGUCCCAGAGCCGGUCCCAGAGCCGGUCCCAGAGCCGGUCCCGGCGGAAGAACCUGUGGUGGUCGAAGCGCCGAAGGAACCGAAGAAACCCAAAGAGCCAAAAGUGAAAGAGCCAAAAGUCAAGGAGCCAAAAGCCAUAGACGACGUAGCGGCGGCCGAGGAGAAGGUGACGUUCGCUCCGGGUAAAAAGAAGAGUAAGUUUGAGACGCUGAUGACCAAAGAAGAGAUCGAGGAGGAGCAGAGACCUGAGUGACGUCUCGUGUCCGUCGGCUCCUCACUUCAAAUCUGACGAACCCGCGGCUCCGCGGGCAGAAGGGCAUCGUGGGAAAUGUAGUACACGUGUUUCAGUUCAAGUCCAGGUUUAGUCCAGGUUUAGUCCAGGUUUAGUCCAGGUUUCGACCGGGUCUAGUCUUGGGUUUCAGUCCUGGUUUAGUUCUGUUUUUGUCUUGAGUCUUCAGUUUAAAUGACUUGGAUCUAAAUGUUCAGACACUUUUGAAAAUGUAGAUUAAAUUUGACGUCACAUUGACACAUUUGGAGCGUUUUUGUUUCAGUUUCAGUUUCAGUUUCAGACUCAGACGAAGCAGAACCGGGACGUGGGUUUGGUCGUUUCUCGGCGAACUCACUUUUCAAACUGUUUAUUGUGUAAAAAGACGACUUCACCGACUCAAACGCCGGAGUCUUUAAUAUUUAAUAAUUUAUGAAUCGAUCCUUUUUAUUUUGAUGCAUGAAACAUUUGCUUCGCUUUAACUUCACAAACCUCCGUCUGAGAAUCGCACGUUUACACUUCCGACUUUUCUAAAGGACAAAUCUGGUCCCGUUCAAACGAUUCACACUUUUCUCUCUGACUUUAUUUAAACGACUUUUCUCUUUUCUCUUUUUUUUCUGAAGUGAAGUUGUGGCGUUUGAGUUUGAGGCUUUGAUCGUGUGAAACAUGAACCCAGUUUCAGGAUUUGGGAUUUGGGGAAUUUGAAUUUGAAAUAGUGAAUGUGUUUACAGUGAAAGAGUGUCACCGCGGGACAAAUAAAGACUUUUGUCCAAAUCUG